GGCGUCCCGUGGCCUCCCCCGUGCUCGUGGCCCGCUGCUCGGCUCUCCCUUCCCAGUGUGUCGAGGUUGCAUUCGCCGUUGUUUGGGCUACAUCGUUCGUGUUCGCCAUACACGGCGAACGCGCUCGUGAUACACGGCAGAGCCUGUCUCCAUUCCGACAGCUUUGCGCACAAAAGGCCCCCGCGUUAGAGGAAAACAAAAUAGACGUGCGGACGCCUCUUAAUGUCCUGGUGUUUCUGUGCUGUGCUUCUCCCUUUCGUUCUCUCUUCUCACGCUAAUGACGGGGAGAUCGCUGCUGCGGUGGCCAGAGGCUGCAGCUGGGCGGGCCUGGCGUCGCCCUCACCCCGUCUGAACGCUCGCCACAAACGACAUCUGGCCAAGGUCACCGAGGUUUCCGGUACGCGAAACGCCUGUGACACCGUGAAUCUCGUAUAGGCCAUGCAUCUGCCCGCUCUCUGGCCGACGGCCGUCAGAAGAUGUUGAGUGCGUCGAUACAACGACGCGCUGCCAUUCUCGUGACUGUCCUUGUGUUUUCGAUCGUCGCGGUGCAGAGGAUCUCUCGACGUUUCUAUCAAACGGAAAACUCCGCGGUGCAGACGGUAUCUCGACAGUCAGGUCAUACACAAGGAGCUCGUUUACAACUCAUUAGAAACACCACCGAAGUACGAAACAUAUGGUUCAUCGAAUCGUCUGGCAGUCAGGACCUCCCCUUCAAUCAAGCUUGCGCCAUCGAGUCGGCUUCCCUGCACAACCCAGCCUAUUUCAUCACCCUUCUCACCACGGGGCAGCUAGCAGCUAGCUGCGAGUACUGCAAGAUUCUCCAAACCCUUCCCAACUUCCGCAGCAUCAGAACAGAUAAUGAGCAAGCAUUCUUGUCCUCACCGAUGGAGGCAUGGUACGGCAGCAAGAUGUAUAACCAUAGCAAAUACCAUGUAGAGCAUCUUAGCGAUGCUUUGAGGUACGUGACCUUGUGGUGGCACGGAGGCAUCUACUUGGACCUCGACGUCAUCACGAUGAGGUCAUUGCACAGCCUUACUAACUGUCUGGUUCUGGAAGAGUGUGGAAGACCGACCAAUAGCAUAUUGAUCUUCGACAAAAGGCAUCGGUUUCUGAAGACCGUUAUGAAAAAGUGUGCCGAAGUGUACAACCCGAGUGAAUGGACUACAUGUGGUCCGAAUCUUCUGCAAAGUCUUUACCAGGGUGGAGAGUCGUCGGCCCAGAACUUGACGUUUUUGAAGGCGGAAACGUUUUUGGCGAUCGAGUGGAAGCGGUGGAAGUGGUUUUUUGAACAAACAAGGACAACGGCUGUGUUUCAGGAAGUACGCGAGAGCUACGGGGUUCACCUUUCCAAUCACUUGAGCAAGCACACGACGUUUCAAAUUGGGUCAGGUUGCGCUUACGAAUUGUUAGCAGUAUGGAACUGCCCUCGGUCCUAUAAGCACCUUGUUUCGAAGAAUCGUUCAUCAGUGAUAGCACCGUAUUGUUUCUCGCUUUACGUUAUCUCCUCUAUCAUAUAUAGCUUCACUUAUUUAUGUUAUAGCACUAGCGGCUAAGAUGGUAACCUGUAUAGGUUACAAGCCCAAAUAAGAACAUUUUGGUAGUAGGUGACAAAUGACUUACUAGCAAUAUGAUCUCGUUCUGGCGAACAAGCAAGCCUGCAUUCUUGCAUAUUUGUUGACAUGUUUCUGUGUGUAUAUAGGUAUGUGUGUGUGUGUCAGUUCAAGCUGCUGCACUGUAGCAUUCACGGACGUCUUCAGUAUUCGUUGUGAUUCCUCUUUUGUGCGCGCGCGUUAGAAUUGGCCAGUGUUCGCGUUCUGGGCAUUUGCUGGGUUUGUGUAGAUCCGUACAGAUGACUGUGGUGCUACGACAUUGUUGUGGACGUGCCAAAGACCUGCUGCGUGUAUCUGUGUCGCGGAAAGUACAAAGUGAAGAAAAAGCUAGGGGUACGAAAGGCUUAACUGCUUGUGAGCGAUUUAAUUUUUUUUUUUUUUAAUUGGAGUUUCUUUUCCGGAGUCAAAACAAAUUCAUAGCGCGAAUGUGACGUCCCUGUAUAAUGUUGAUGGCCAUUACUACUUGUUCUUGAGAAAAAAAAAUCAUUUCGAUUG